CGCAAUAUGUUGAAACUCUAACGGCGUUAAGUCCAGCGUGACGGCUCUCCCUCACCACCAACUCCCCGCGUCAAACACACGACCACACGAUUCACCUAACGCUGAGCCGUCAAUCCACACCUUCUUUCUGCUCUCGACUAUAAAAUCCCUUAACACCCACCGAAAACCCAAACAAAAUUUAAACCCAACCAUCUCUCUAAUUUAAUUCUGUUCCUCUUAUUGUGUGCCCACUUUUCCUUAUCCAACGCCAUGGAUCUCCUCCUCUUGGAGAAGACCCUCAUAGCUCUCUUUCUAGCUGUGGUGGUCGCAAUAGUCAUCGCAAAGCUCAAAGGAAAGAAAUUCAAGCUCCCACCCGGACCCAUACCCGUACCCGUAUUUGGAAACUGGCUCCAAGUCGGAGAUGACUUGAACCACCGCAACUUAACCGACUUAGCCAAGAAAUUCGGCGACAUUUUCUUGCUUAGAAUGGGACAAAGAAAUCUCGUUGUGGUUUCAUCACCGGAGCUAGCUAAAGAGGUGCUCCAUACCCAGGGAGUUGAAUUCGGAUCCAGAACCCGAAACGUUGUAUUCGAUAUCUUCACUGGUAAGGGUCAGGAUAUGGUGUUUACAGUGUACGGUGAGCAUUGGAGAAAGAUGAGGAGAAUCAUGACCGUUCCUUUCUUCACUAACAAGGUUGUUCAACAGUACCGGUUUGGAUGGGAAGCCGAGGCAGGUAGCGUGGUUGAUGACGUGAAGAAGAAUCCUGAAUCUGCCACAAACGGCAUCGUUUUGAGGAAGAGGCUCCAGCUUAUGAUGUACAAUAACAUGUACAGGAUCAUGUUUGACAGGAGAUUCGAUAGCGAAGAUGACCCACUCUUCGUUAAACUCAAGGCUUUGAAUGGUGAGAGGAGUAGACUAGCCCAGAGCUUCGAGUACAACUAUGGUGACUUUAUUCCUGUCUUGAGACCCUUUUUGAGAGGUUACUUGAAGAUAUGUAAGGAAGUCAAACAAAAGAGGCUUCAACUUUUCAAGGACUAUUUCGUUGACGAGAGGAAGAAAUUAUCUAGCACAAAGAGUACAGACAACGAAGGAUUGAAAUGCGCCAUUGAUCAUAUUCUUGAAGCUCAACAAAAGGGUGAAAUUAAUGAAGAUAACGUUCUUUACAUCGUUGAGAACAUUAAUGUUGCUGCUAUCGAAACAACAUUGUGGUCAAUUGAAUGGGGUAUUGCGGAGCUUGUGAACCACCCAGAGAUCCAGAACAAGCUAAGGACAGAGCUAGACACUGUUCUAGGACCAGGUGUACAGGUGACCGAGCCAGACAUGCACAAGCUACCAUACCUUAACGCCGUGAUCAAGGAGACACUUCGGCUACGUAUGGCAAUCCCACUCCUUGUGCCCCACAUGAACCUCAACCAGGCCAAGCUCGCGGGCUACGACAUCCCAGCAGAGAGCAAGAUCCUGGUGAAUGCAUGGUGGUUAGCCAAUGACCCCGCCCACUGGAAGAAGCCAGAAGAGUUCAGGCCUGAGAGGUUUUUCGAGGAAGAGUCUAAGGUCGAGGCCAAUGGCAAUGACUUUAGGUUCCUUCCUUUCGGGGUUGGAAGAAGGGCAUGCCCUGGUAUCAUUCUUGCUUUGCCAAUUCUUGCCAUCACUAUUGGGCGUUUGGUGCAGAACUUUGAGCUGUUGCCACCACCAGGACAGUCCAAGCUCGAUACAGCCGAGAAAGGUGGACAGUUUAGCUUGCAUAUAUUGAAGCAUUCCACCAUUGUUUUGAAGCCAAGAUCAGUUUAAUUAGAUGGAUUUUAUUUAUUCACCUUCACUUACUCUGUCCCUUUCCUACUCUCUUACUUCACUUCUCCUUUUAUUUUUCUUGUGUGUUAAAGUGAAAACAUUUUAUCAAAUUCAACAGUAAGUUUUCUAAGCUGAAAGUUGGUUAAAUAAUUAAUAUGAUGAUGAUGAUAUGUGACAUAUUUGGGCUGUAACAUUGUAAAUUUUGUUGAAACUACUCAAACAAUAGUUUCUUUUAAUAAGUGGUCAAUCAUUAUUUUU